AAUAUUGAAAGUGGUUUCUGCUUGAACAAAACAAUUUUCGUUUUCAGUUCGUUUUUGUACGCAGUUCGUAUCAGUUGUUGGACGGUUCGUUCAGGCGCGUUGAUUAAAAGUUUUUAAACAAAUUUUGAAUUUAAAAGCAAUUAAGGAUUAAAUUAAUAAGAUGGAUUGUGGAACAUCUACCGUUAAAUAUAUUCUAUUUAUAUUCAAUACAAUAGUGUCGCUGGUUGGCAUAUUGGGUAUUGUUUAUGGAGUUCUUAUACUCAAUAGUAUUGGUACUAUUGUCGUCGAUGGACAAACUGGUUUCCCACCGCAGGCUAUUAUGCCAAUAGGUCUGAUAACAAUUUCCUCAAUUGUUGUGUUCAUAUCCUUCCUUGGCUGCUGUGGUGCAAUACGUGAAUCUGUCUUCAUGACAAUGACCUAUGCUGUCUUCUUAUUGAUUUUGUUAUUACUGCAGUUAACUAUCAUCGUAUUGUUGUUCACGAAUAAGGAUAAAUUUUUAGAUGCCAUGGGUGAUGUUAUCGACAAAGCUUGGGAACAAGACUCUCGUGAAAAUGGAAUAUUUGAUGCUAUACAAAAAUCGUUACACUGCUGCGGUAAGAAUGGCAUAACUGACUAUAUUACUAAUCUGCCAAAUGUACCAAAAAGUUGUUGUGAGGGAGGAAACUGCCUUAAUCCACUUAACGUCUACGGUGGUUGUCGCAGCAAAUUCCAAGAAUUUAUGUCUGGCAGUACUGACCUCGCUAGACACGUUGGCUUGGGCCUUAUUGUAGUUGAGCUUGUUGGCUUCAUUUUCGCCUGUUGCUUGGCUAAUAAUGUGCGCAACUACAAACGACGAAACGUCUAUUAAGAAUACUCAAAUCGAAUCCAAAUAAAAAGCCAUUCUCAUUUUUUGUAAUUUUGUCGUAACGCACAUAAAAUAAUUAUAAAAAAUAAUAAUAAAAAAAAAGAAGAAAAUUCGAUACAAAAAUUUAAUACAAAUGAAAUAUAUUUAAGCUAUAGUGCAGGAAAUUUUAAAACAUUGUUAGUUUAUACAAAGAAAUAAAAUUUCUAAAUUGUUAAAGGAAAAACCAAGUCCUUAUCCUUAAAAUAAAUGCACACUAAAUUAAAAGUCAACAAAUAAUAAUUUAUAAUGUAUUUUAACAAUUCUUUUGUAACUUUACUUUACCAAACAAUCAUGCAUAAAUAAUUAAAAAAAAAUAUAUAUUAAAAAUUAAGUGUGUACUACGAGUGCAUAACAUCGAAUAUAAAUUAAUGUAAGGAAUAUUACAUAUUCCAUAUUAACGAACAAUAAUAAUGUUAAUCCUUACAGAAACUUCAUUUAUAAAUGUUUAUAUACAAUUUAUUUACUAUAUUAUUAUUGAUAUUAUAUAUAUAUAUAAAUUAUAUGUGUACAAGUAUUUUCUACUAAAUGUUGUAAUAUGUUAAAUAAUAUUAUGACUCAAAUAUUUGAUUGUUAGGACACAAACGAAAAAAAAAAUAUGUAGACGUUUUUAUAUUUUGAAUCUCCUUUAUACCUUAAACAUAAUGUAAACUUUUCCAAAAUAUUUAAUAAAUUGAAGAUACCAUUAAACUAUUAUUACAAACAGGA